GCGCAUACGCGUCAAUACACUCGGUGCGCAUAGUAUCUCGUGGACGCGCCGGACGUGGAUUUAUGCCGACAAGUCGCAGUCGCCGUCAUCGUUACCGUCAAAGUCUCUUUGAACUUGUUACCCCUCGUGUAAGUGUAUAUCGUAGUCUUGAAGUAAAUUUUUGGUUUAAUUAAAUCUUUCAUCGAGGACAAUUUUCUCGAAUUAAAAUUUGUUUUGAAAUAUUGUCGAUCGCGAGUGCGACGGUAUUCCGAGUGCGGUCCGACGGGAUAAAUCAUAAGAACAGUGCGGCGUCGAUUGUGCGAAUUUCUUCUUCACUCUGCAGCAUAAAAAAAUAUUAUAACCACGGGGUCUGCGAACGCAAUGAAAGACUUCCGCGAUUAUUUUCCAUCGCUUUAACAGUGAACAUCGUCGAAUGUUGUUUAUGUUUUAUUAUUAAUAAUUUUAUAUCAAUAAUCGGUAUUCAAAAUUGAACUUGUGAAAAAUGUCAAUUUUUUUUUUUUUUUGUAAUUUUUUCUCGGGGGGAAUGACCGUCGACGAGGACUCGCCCUUUAAUGAGCAACAGGGUAUACCUUGUCAUUCGUAGACGUCGUUCAAACACCAACCAGACGCAUCUGUUUAUUAAACGGUGCGCAAACACCCGUAGAAGAUUACCACCAGCCAACUAUCAGACUUGCACUGCGUACGACUAUCAAGAGCCGAGAUAUUAUGCGAGUUGCGUAUAUGCCGCUGCCUCAUCGGUCGAGAUGAAAUCGUCCGAAGACAACAAACACUGUGUAGGUCCUGACAAACCGCACAUUCCUACAAACUCUUGGAAGAGUGCUGGAUGAUAGUAUCUAUCGGGGCAGCCAGUUAGCAGAACCUCCCCAACUGGAUCCAGAGUGGCUGAGGGCGGAGACGAGUGGCAACCCCGUAAUGCGUUUGUCCAACGGUAACGAAGCAACUACAGAAUCAAUGGUGGAAAUGUUGCAGUUUAACGAACAUUUCCUCGAUGCGGAUGGGGCGAAAUUUAUGCUGAAUCCCGCGGAGUUGGACGAUUUACUGGGACGUGAUCAGUAUGCUACCGACGGUUCACCGGUACAAGUGCCGUCCCAACAACAACAGCAACACAACCAACAGCCGAGUAAUCUCGAGCCGAACAACAAGUCGACAGCGAAUUUUGCCGACCUAAAACCACUGAUGCCGUUCCAUACAAUCACCGAGCGGGUCAACAUAAACGGUAUACCCGGUCACCAUUAUCAAUCGAUAGCAGCUAACAAUCGAGUAGUGGAAAACAACAACAACACUGCCACGGCAAACAAUAAUAUGGCGUACUAUCAUCCAAAUGAAUAUCUGGUCACGUCAUCGACCAAUUCGAGCUUGCCGAAAUUCAAAGAGGAAGUCGAUACAUUCGUAGACAAUCAGUUUGACGAAUUCGAAAUGUUAAUGAGGAGUCCAUCGUUCGGCCCCGACACUACGGUGUCGGCUAGCGAUCAUCCAGUGGAUGGACCAGAUGAAUGGCUCGGCGUUAGUGACGAGUGGCCUUCUUACGACCAUCCUGAUGGAUCACCACAAGACAACAAGACCGGCAUAUUGGCCGACGUCACAAUUCAAGAAUUAGUAGCUAGUUCACAGUUUACUGGCAUACCUAACGACGGUUACCACCAGCCACCGAUGCAGAAACCCUUGUACCAACAACAAUCGCCACAACAACAGCAACCUCAACCACGUGACAUGGUCACGUCUAACAUGCCGCCGGUUCCACGACCUGGUGCAGCUGCUUUUAUGCCGCUUUUGCAAAGUCGACUACAAAACGGGCCUGCCAAAGCGCCACAGGACUAUCACAUGGAGUGCGCGUCAUCGCCUUCGUCGUCCACCCCGUCGUACUUGGCGCACAGCCCGACAAGUCACGUAGUCAGUACUACCGAUCUGGGAUACAUACCUUCUGUUCACAGUUCGAGGCCGUCGCCGGAAUUCGCGCAUACUACUACACCCGGGCAGGGACACAUGGCCGUGAAAAAGUCCAGGAACAGGAGCAAGGCCAAAGGAAACAGUGGCGGCGGCGGCGGUCAAACUGCCAGGAACACCAUGGUGUACGUUUCCGACGGCAACGUGGCCCGCGAACGGACCGUACACAACUGUCACAUUUGCAAUCGUGGAUUCCUGAACAAGAGCAACAUCAAAGUGCAUUUAAGGACACACACGGGCGAAAAACCGUUCAGGUGCGAAGUAUGUCAAAAAGCGUUUAGACAAAAGGCCCAUCUCAUUAAACACGCGCAAAUACACAAACGUAGCGGCAGGGACUGAAUCAUAAGGUACCGAAACGAUUUUUAAACUUCAUAUCAACGUUUUCAUCGUCCCUUAAGUAUUCUGUCUCUCUCACUCCUAUAAUUUAUUGUAUUUAACGCGUUUUCGUUAAAAAAAUUUGACCAAAGAUAAUAAAAAAAAAAAAUUAACGAUCGUAUACAUGCUAUGAGGAUAUAUAGAAUUUUGUGUUGUGACAAGGUUGUUUAGACUCGUUGAAUCUCAUACCAAUUUUGUAAAUCCCACGUGCACUCGACGGGUGGGGGGGAAUCAACGAUUAGUUAUUAUAAAGAAGUACAAAAAGAAACUUUGUUUUGUGAAUACUUAAUAUUAUUAAUUAUUAUAAUACUGUUUAUAUGUUAUUUUAUGUAUGUGUCAAUGACCACUUCGAUUAGGGAGAAAAUUAAGUUGUUUACGAUUAGUGUAUUUAAUUUUAAUGAUUUGUUUUUUGUUAUUUAUUCGACGUCCUCGGUCAUUUACUAAUUUAUUAUUGUCAUUUAAAACAACUCUGAUCUUUUUUGAAAAAUAUAUUAUCUUAACAAACGCAUAGUUUCCAUUAAUUUAUUUUGACCUGGGGACGUCAUUAUUAAUGUAAUAUCAAUUUUAAUAUUACGUAGUUUUAGGUAAUGUCCACUUGCAAUUUAUUCUAUAAAUCACAACCGUUAAGAUUAUAUGUGUACGCUUUUGUAUAUAAAAUUAUAUACUUAUUUGAAACCCUCUGCAAGAAGGUGUAUCCUUAACCUAUUGUUUCCCCAGUAUUUUUAUUUUUUUCAUAAAACAAACCCUUGUAUAGUUUUGACUCGAUUUCGUUUUAUACUUAUUUAUUUGUGUAUUAAAUUUAAUUAGUUUAUAAUUGUUUAUAAGUUUAAAAAUUUUCCCCUUACAUUACCCGUAUAGUAUUUAAUAUCUCAAUAGUCGUUAAUUUAUUGUAUUGUAUUUUUUUUUU